GAAGGACACAGACUUUAGGGCGGGGAGGACAUUCGGUCUCUGUGAGCUGCAGCUUGCCGGAGCGGACAGACCGUCUUGUCUCCGCCAUUUUAGGAGGAUGUUUUCGUCCGUGGCGCACUUGGCCCGCGCCAACCCCUUCCAAGCACCCCACCUGCAGCUCCUGCUGCAGCCCGAAGCCGAUGCCAGCCCCGCGGGGCCCCCGGGCGCGCCUAGAGGCCUCCGCCCGCGCAGCCUGGCUGCAGCCGCCGUGGAAGAGCAAUAUAGCUGCGAAUAUGGAUCUGGCAGAUUCUUUGUCCUUUGUGGCCUCGGAGGAAUUAUUAGCUGUGGCACAACUCACACAGCAGUGGUUCCCCUAGAUCUGGUUAAGUGCAGAAUGCAGGUGGACCCCCAGAAAUACAAGGGCAUCUUUAAUGGAUUCUCCAUCACACUUAGAGAAGAUGGUGUUCGUGGUCUGGCCAGAGGAUGGGCUCCAACAUUCAUUGGCUACUCUAUGCAGGGACUCUGCAAGUUUGGUUUUUAUGAAGCCUUCAAAGUCUUGUAUAGCAACAUUCUUGGUGAGGAAAACAGUUACCUCUGGCGUACGUCCCUGUAUUUAGCUGCUUCGGCCAGUGCUGAAUUCUUUGCUGAUAUUGCCCUGGCUCCUAUGGAAGCUGCCAAGGUCAGAAUUCAGACCCAGCCAGGCUAUGCCAACACCCUAAGGGAGGCUGCUCCAAAAAUGUUUAAAGAAGAGGGCCUGUUUGCAUUCUACAAGGGAGUUGCUCCUUUAUGGAUGAGACAGAUACCGUACACCAUGAUGAAGUUUGCUUGCUUUGAGCGCACUGUCGAGGCCCUGUACAAGUAUGUUGUUCCGAAGCCUAGAAGUGAGUGCUCAAAGGGAGAACAGCUGGUUGUAACAUUUGUGGCAGGUUACAUAGCUGGUGUCUUCUGUGCCAUUGUAUCUCACCCUGCUGACUCAGUGGUGUCUGUGCUGAACAAGGAAAAGGGCAGCUCAGCUUCACAAGUCCUCCAAAGGCUUGGAUUCAGAGGGGUAUGGAAGGGGCUCUUUGCCCGUAUCAUCAUGAUUGGUACCCUGACUGCACUACAGUGGUUUAUCUAUGACUCCGUGAAAGUCUACUUCAGACUUCCCCGUCCUCCUCCUCCUGAGAUGCCAGAAUCUCUGAAGAAGAAGCUUGGGUUGAAAUAAUAGACAAAUCAAGACUUAACUAUGGACUGAAUCUGCUUGCUGACCAGUGUUGAGCAAAUAUAAAAGAAACUUUUAUAUAUUUGACUGUGUAGAUUGUCUCUUCCUGAUGUAAUUAUUGGUUGUACCUUUGCCUAAUGCAGAGGUUUCAAAAUUUAACUGUUGCAAUAAACCAACUAUUCGUG